CAAAAAGCGCCACGAUUGAAAACUGUAUAUUACUACUACUAGUACCCAGAUGUAUUAGUAGCUACUAGGCUGCUUUUCCUACAAAUAUACGCCAUUACAAUUGCGAAACAUGAAUAUAUUGAUGGAAGAACAGGACGAAUUUUACACUUUAAUCACGUCUUGGAAGAGUUCCCACCAGGAAUUUGCAACUGACAACCAUAUGUUGCAGCUACAGGACAAUGUUCAACAGCUGAUUGCACAUAACCAAGAUCAUCACAGGCUGUUUGCCGAGGCAUCUGGUAGUGAGGAGCAAUGGAUUACUGGACAUACUUUUAACCCAGCCAAGAGGGCAAAGUAUACACAUGACAAUUGGAGUGCUAUUUCAGUGCAACAAUGCAUGCGAGCAUUACACCAUAGAUCCUUGAUAACCAACUGCCCCUUGUCUGUGUCUGCUGCGACAUUCUGUGCACAGAAGCUGGCUGACCUAAGUGAAAAUGUGAAACCUGACACUCGACUCACCAAUGAACAACAGGAAGCGAUCACGACCAUUUCCUCCGUCAUCAAACAGUUGACAGGGGAGCAGUCUUUCAGCCGCGACAGCUUCUUAUCUCUGCUCACACGCAAGAGGGAGCUAAGCAUCCAGGUGUUGUGGCAGCUGCACUGUGAGGGAGUGGUGAAGCUAUCCGAGUUCGUCCUCAGUAACAUGGGCACGCCUGAUGUCAUCGCCGGCUACACGGCCGCGCUGGUGGCCGCGUGCGUCGCGUGUAACGAGGGGACGGUGGCCGUGCUGUCAGCGAUCCUGCGCGAGUGCAUCCGCAGCGCUUUCGGGACUGUCGCUCGCGAGGACGAGCCGAGAAGCCGCGCCGCGAAGGUGUGUCGCGCCAUGCUGGACAAGGUCGUCGGCAGACUGCUGGAGGCGAUGAGCGCCGGCACGUUAGACGCGCGCUGGUGCUGCCCCCUUGCGGACCUGCACGCGAGCGCGGAGGCCGGCGACGCGAACAGGAGCUUUCGCGCUCACGCCGUCCGUUUCCUGCUGAGCUACAAGUGCCUCGUGAAGCCCUCGGACGCAGUCUCGCGCCAGGAGGAGUGGACGUAUGCCAGGUCUCCGCUGCUCCUCACGGCUUUUUACAAGUCCCUGCUGCAGUCGCUCGCUCUCGAGGAGGCGGCAGAGUUACUAGAGGGCGCCGUCAGAAAGCAGGAGGUGAACUGGCAGCGUUUGCUCGCGUUUACGGCGACGCUUCUCGUCCAGUUUCCCCGUGCCGCCGCCUCGCUGCGUGCGAUCAUCGACGGACUGCUAAAGGAGGCCCUGGAGGGGGGCACGAAGGAGGAGAGCCUGCUCGCAGGGCUGCUGCUCGCGCGACAGGCAAGCCUCGAGGGCCCCCACGUGUUCCCGUCGUACGGCGAUUGGUUUUCGACGACCUUCGGGACGCCGCGCUCCCCCGCCGGCACGCGGAAGUCGUUCUCCUUCCUCGUGGGAUUCCUCACGAAGCUGGCGCGCCACGAGAGCCCGCGAUUCCUCGUCGCGCACGUCACCCGGCUGCCCUACGUGCCGCCCAAGUGUCGCCACCUGCUGUCCGACUACCUGGCCCUCGCGAGGACGAGACUUGACGACAUGAACGUUUCGCUCGAGCAAGUGACGAUGGUGGGCGAGGGGGGUGCUGGGGUAGCCGGACAGGGGGCGCUUUGCCAGCUUGAGGACAGGGCGAAGCGAGAUGUAGAAGGUGCCGUGGCCGUAUUCGAGAAGACGCAGAAAGUUCCGUCGACGCUCAUGGAACAGAGCAUAUUUCACAAGCCGUACUACAUCGGAAAGUUUUUGCCGAUGCUGCUGGAGCCUCGACCAUUACCGGAUGUCCCUGACACAAAAAUGAAGCUAAUAGAAUCUCUGAGACUAUUGGAUAAAAUUCCAAAACAGCUUUAUAGCAGCUAUGAAAACGGCUGUCGCAGGGAGAUGGAACAGCUACUGGAAGGUGUGUUUGAUAGUGACAGCGAUGACAUAGCCACCGGGCCACUGGAGAAGCUGGAACAGCACAUGGACAUGUUAAUAAGUGCAGUGCUAGAUAGAAGUUUGUCCAAGCCUAAGAAAACAGUGUCAGAACAGCUAUCUCGGAUCUCCGAGUUGUUACACGAUGCCACAAAACUUCAUGCACCAUCAACCACUGACUCAGCUGUAGUGGAUAACUCUGCUGCCGGAACUAUUAUACAGGUUGUGGACGUUAUCCUGAAUAGCUUCUGCAAGAUUGAGGCAGCGGUAAUGAGCCAGGAGAUGUCAGCUGCUAACACAGGUCAUGGGCAUACUGACAGUCAUCACAAGUUGUGGGCAUCGCAGUUUGUGUCAGUGCUGGCUGGUAUCCCUGAACUACAUGCAGUACUGUGCAGACGACUCAUGGCUCUGCUGUGCAACGAGAGUGACAUUCUGGAGGAUGAGCACCUGAUUGGCUUGUCACUCCUAGUUCUGGAGACGAGCCGAUGCGAGACCCGUAUCCUAGCACGACUCGACUCGCUCUCUUCAGCCUCCGUACCAAUCGUCGAUCUGGUGGCGGACCAUCUAUCGACAAGCACUGGUGCAGCAAUGAAGCAGACGCUGAAGUUUUGCACUGCGUUCAUAGACAGGGCAUUGCUGAUCGAAAAUCAGACAUUGACAACAGUAAAGGGAGAAGCAGGAGCUGCUUACGUUCCUGUUGGAUUGGCCACUAAGUUUCGAUACCUAGUACCUAGGUUGUGCCCUGAGACUCGAUGGCAUGGCAUAGCAGGAGCUGCAUGUUAUGGAAGGGCAUGGUCGGAGGAACGAUGGAGCAGUGCUGCCACCAGACUCUGGUAUCUAACCCCUGUACGCACAGUUCUUGAUAGCUGUUUGAUGACGUUUGAGCAGUGGAUACAGGUGGAGCUUGCUGUAAAGGCGGACACUGAUGCAAUCACAUAUCUGCAGCGCCACAAUUACCGACGGUGGGCGGUUCACGCUCUUUUCAUACCGGUAGCUGUCAAUCUUGGUGGUUGUGGAGGUUGCCACCAGAGGGCAUGCACAACAAUCCUGCAUGCACUGGUGCAGGAAGAUGAGCAAAGGAAUAUAUGUAAGAAGAAUUUAUGGAUGGCUGCAUAUCACAGCAAUAAUAACCCCUGCUCACUUGUGGAGAAACCAACAUCGCCAAUCUCUAGAUGUGAGGUCAUUGCUCUUCUACAGGAACUUGUGCUGCUGCUGCCAGUAGAUGGUGUACCAUGGCUACUGGAACAAUCUGCUCUAUAUUGCGCACAUGAGAAUGUCAUUCAGCCAUCAGGGAGGCGAAGUGAGCAUUGUGAAAGUGACCAGGCACCAGCACUUACUAGCACUGAUGACACUCUGGUAGCACCUUGUAGCCUUGAGCGUGAAGCGAUGAUGGUAGCAUUUGUAUGCCUGGUGCAAAGUCUUCCUGCAUAUCUACUCUUCACAAAUCAGCCCAACCAGAAAAUCCAUCCCGAUGUUUGUAGAAAAGUCUUAAACCUGAUUUUGCACAUGAAACGAGAUUUCCAGGGUGUGUGUGGCCUUGAGUAUGAUGUGACAACAUAUUUAUGCAAGGGCAUUGUCAUGGCAGCAGGUACCUGUGGUACAGAGACAGAGUUAGUGUUGAUGAGGAUGCUUCAGGACUCCAACUUGCUUACAGCCUCCAUGUUGUUCCACUGGCCAACUCUAUGGAUAACACUGUCACAACUGUGUCAAUGCUACAAAACAAACAAGUUGAAGUCUGUCUUCUCAAACAUGAAUUGCAUUUACACAGAUGUUAACCAGCUGGUUGACAUCCAUGGCGUAGUCUCAUCCUUGACAGGGGAGCCAUGGAUGGUCGCUAUGUGCCUAUACUCGUGCUGCUACCACGACGUUAACAAGCGUUUGCAGUCUUUAAAGCCGGAUUGUGUAGAGGUAGUGCAAUGGCUUUUAGUUUGCAUUUCAACAGACUAUGUGCAACUUGUCUCUUCUAACAGCAGAGAGGGCUUGAAGCUUUCAGUGUUGCUUCUAUCAAUGUGUCCAGAGGCGGUGUGCGUAUUUGACAAACGAAGCCAGCCAAAUCGUAUCCAGGAGGAGAUUCUAUCUGAGCUGCAGGUUCAGUUAUUAUCCUCAUCAUUCUUCAGGAUACUCAUUACCGUGCAGAGCGAGGGGUUUUUGGGGUCAGUGCAGACUGUGCGUGGCUUCCUGUGUAUUCUCCUGGACAAUCAUAGAGAUCUAUGUCAGCUGCUUACUCACAGCCAGCCCAGCAGCGACUACUCGUGGCUCAGCUAUCACCAGGUCGUCAGUAUGGAAUCUGUGCUCCAGGCAUCGAGACUAGUUAUGCAGUGCCUUCGUGACGCAUCCCACGAUGCUCUGCUCCAACUCUCUGAACAGGGAAUCUCUACAGAAGAUGAAGAGAUAAACUGUUUUAUAAAGUCCAGAUUACAGAAGUAGCGUAUGACGUCUGUUGCGCAUAUAUGUAGCAAGAAUAGCAAGUGCAAUUACUACAGCCAAAGGUAUGACUUUUUCCAUAUUUUCAUCCACAUGACAAAAAGGGCCUCACCAGUCUACGUGCGUGUAGCGUUAGCCAUCCUGCUAAUUGUCAACUAUCUGUAAUAUACAAACAUAUUUCGUAGUUACGCGCAUAGAUGUCCGAAAUUUUCCACUUUAUUUGAUAUCAUAAUAUAUACUACAUGCUCCAAAUUGUCAUGAACUGAGCAGAGAAGAGGGGUGAGCAGCCAUAAAAACCAUGAAAUCUUGUGUUAGGAGAUUCGAAAUUAUAGGGACAAAUCGAGGAAUAUGCUGUAUAUAAUAUCUAGCAUAUUUAGUACCUAGUAUAUAUAAUUUAGUUGUGGUCCUGUCUUGCGACCUUAGCGGAUGAUUUACGUGAAAUAUACAAAACUAUCUGUGAUUAUAGUGAUAUUAGU